CAGAUAGCUCAACAUGAACUUUAACUGUCAAGAUCAUUUUAAAAGUGAACAGAACAGUAUUUUUCCUUCUGAGAGCUGGCUACGGGAUUCUGAGUUUCUCCUGCAGUACUGUCCUGUUCACUACCAUUUCCUAAAGCAGGACAUGGAGCUAUGUUGUGUUCUUCACGUUAGGUGCUAAUGAAGUUAACUUCCUUCAUCAGUGGAAAUGCAGAUCCAUGAAAUUACAUUUUGUGCAAGUUGUUGUUAACUGUGUUGGCAAUGUCUAUGAUUUUAUCUGCCUCUGUGGUCCGUGUGAGGGAUGGACUCCCACUGUCUGCAUCUACUGAUUAUGACCAGAGCAUGGGAAUGCAAGAAUGUAGAAAAUAUUUUAAAAUGCUCUCAAAGAAACUUUCUCAACUUCCUGAUAGAUGUACUCUGAAAACUGGGCAGUAUAAUAUAAACUUUAUAAGUUCUCUGGGAGUAAGCUAUAUGAUGUUGUGCACUGAAAAUUAUCCCAGUGUCCUGGCUUUCUGCUUCCUGGAUGAGCUUCAGAAGGAAUUCAUCACUACCUACAAUAUGAUGAAAACAAAUACUGCUGUCAGACCGUACUGUUUUAUAGAGUUUGAUAAUUUCAUUCAGAGGACCAAACAGAGAUACAACAACACACGUUCUUUGUCAACGAAGAUGAAUCUUGCUGACAUGCAGACAGAGAUCAAACUGAGACCACCUUACCAAAUUUCCUUGUCAGAACUUGGUUCAGCUAAUGGGUUUGCACAUUUGUCUGUGUCUGAAUAUAAGGGUACUGGUAAGAUAUCUGCAGCUCCUCAUCAGCGCCUGGAACCUGUGACUCUGCCAGGGAUUGUCUCAUUUGUGCUUAGUCUGUUAUGUGGGGCUUUGAAUUUAAUUCGUGGCUUUCAUGCCAUAGAAAGUCUUCUCCAGAAUGAAGGUGAAGAUUUCAGCUAUGUUAUUGCAUUUUUCCUUGGAACAGCAGCCUGUUUGUACCAGUGUUACCUGUUUGUAUACUACACAGGCUGGAGGAAUGCCAAAUCCUUCCUGACUUUUGGGUUAAUUUGCUUGUGUAACAUGUAUCUGUAUGAACUGCGCAACCUGUGGCAGCUCUUCUUUCAUGUGACUGUGGGAGCAUUUUCUACCUUACAAAUUCGACUGCGACAACCACAGGGAAAGUCCCCCGAUUACAAUGUCUGACAAGUCCUGGAACAAUUAGAGGCAGUCUUGUUCCAACAGUUACUCACUCUC